AUGGCCUCAAUCGCGGCGCCUGAGGGUGGGCAGGAGUAUGGACGUAGGUUGAUACCCACACUAGUCGAUGAAAUGGCGGCUUUCACUCCGGAUCACGUCUAUGCUUCGAUACCCCGCCAUCAAGACUUUACCGGUGGCUUCGAAAAUGUUACCUCUCGAAAAUUGGCUCGCGCAGUCAACCGGGCUGCCUUUUGGAUCGAUGAAAAAAUUGGAAAGAGUGCCAAGUUCGAGACAAUCGCAUAUCUUGGUCCAAUGGACCUCAGAUACUACAUCGUUGCGGUCGCCGCUGCGAAAGUGGGCUACAAGCGCGAGCAGACUCUACUGCCGUCACCACGAAAUAGCGUCGAGGGUCACUUGGCCCUCCUGGAGACUACGAGUUGCAAUAUCUUGAUCAGCCCUGUGGAAUCGAAGGUCGACCAUAUCUUAUCAAAAAGAGAUAUGCGCCACUUCAGAAUCGAAGGGCUCAAAGAAUUCUUAGGCGGUGACUUCAGCGAGCAUUAUGACUACAACAAGACGUUUGAAGAGGCUGCGCAAGACCCUUUCAUCAUAGUCCACACAUCCGGAUCCACUGGACUACCGAAGCCGAUCGUCCUGUAUCACGGCGGGGUGGCAGCUGUCGACAACCAACACCUGAUUCCUCCCCUAGACGGAUUUGAUGCCCAGAUCAACAUUUUUGAAGGUGGUGUCCGCGUCUUCACAAGCUUGCCUCCAUUCCAUGCGGCGGGUAUCCUACAGACCCUAUUAGUCGCUCUGUACUUCGAAAUCACUACGGUCUGGGCUCCCACUGGUCGGCCUAUCAGUGCCGAUCUUAUCGACGACCUACUUGACAACGUCAAUGUGGACCUUAUGUUUCUUGCGCCAUCUACAUUGGAAGAACUCAGCCAGUCGCAGACUUCUCUCGAGAGAUUAAAGAAGCUCAAAUCCAUUCAAUUUGCUGGAGGACCUCUCGGGAAGACUGCUGGUGAUACCAUCUCGAGAUAUACUAAUGUCCUUAAUGUGAUGGGAUCCUCAGAAGCUGGGUUUUUCCCGCUACUCAAGAAAGACCCAGAAGACUGGAUCUACUUUCAUUUCGAUCCUAGAAUGAAAGGAAUCGAGUUUCGGGAAGUUGGUCCUGGGUUAUACGAACAGGUCUUCGCCCGUCAUGACUCAACAGACCCUUUUCACUGGUCGUUUUACACCUUCCCUGAUCAAUCCGAAUUCUCCAUGAAUGAUCUUUACUCGAAGCAUCCCUCAAAGCCGGAUCUAUGGCUUUACGAAGGAAGAUCCGAUGACGUGAUUGUGUUUUCUAACGGGGAAAAGUUUAAUCCUAACGAUAUGGAGGCGACUUUGCGCUCAUGUUCAGGCAUCUUUGGCGCUCUUGUUGUCGGGCAAGGAAGAUUCGAAACAGCUGCUAUUUUGGAGCUUAGAGGCGUUCCGGACACGGAAAGAGCCAAAAAGGAAGUCCUCGACGGUCUCUUGCCCUAUGUCACCAAAGCGAACGAAGUUGCUCCUGCCUAUGCUAAACUUGAUCUUGAUCACAUCUUCUUUGCGAAGGCCGGGAAACCUUUGCUGAGAACCGAUAAGGGCACGGUGAAGCGUCGCGCUACGAAUCAAGCCUACGGAGAAGAGAUUGAUCAACUAUAUGCGGACGUUGCAGGCUUUGGGAAUUCGUCAGAUGCUGUCCAGCUGAAUCCUAGGGACCAAAAUGCAUUAAAAACCGGCAUAUGCGAUAUGUUGACUGAGAUGGAAGGGCUUCAAAAUAUCACUUUCGAACAGAAUUUCUUUGCUGCUGGCAUGGAUUCGCUGCAGGUGAUGAACCUCGUACGGCAGCUUCGGUCUUCGUUCAGGGACCAUGAUGGGGGAGCAGUAGCGCACCUCAUAUCACCAAGGAUGAUAUACUCCAACCCUACCGUCUUCGAGCUUGCUGCUGCCGUAGAGUAUUUGGCAGAUCACGGGGAAGCGGCAUCCGAGGGCUUGGAAGAAGAAAGGAUUGGCAAGAUGGAGGGAAUGCUCGCCAAGUACUCUGGCGAUCUCCCACAACCCAAGAACGACACCAUUCAGCGCCAGGAGCAAGGUUUCGCGAUUGUUCUGACGGGGAGCACGGGCUCGCUUGGCUCGUAUCUCUUGGAUUGCUUGCUAGCUGAUACUCAAGUGGCGAAGGUCUUCUGUCUCAAUCGAGGAGCCGAUGGCGAAAGCAAGCAGAGGAAUGGCAACAAAUCACGAGGCCUAAUGACUGAAUGGGGAGAAAGAGUCCACUUUCUGACCACCGAUCUCAGUAAGAGUAAAUUAGGGUUGGAUGCUGAUGAUUACAACAUGCUUGUCAAGGAAGCUUCGUUUAUCAUCCACAAUCAAUGGCAGGUGGACUUCAAUCUCAAUCUGGAAUCCUUCGAACCGCACAUUGCAGGGGUUCGGGAACUCAUCAACCUUUCAAAUCAGUCACCCAAGAGCCCACCGAUCUUAUUCACAUCCAGCAUCUCCACCUUGGGCAACUGGGCAAUUCAGUAUCCCGAAGACAAGGUCCCUGAGUCAGCCUUCUACGAUUUCAGUGUUCCUUCAGCGAUGGGCUACGGAGAAUCAAAGUACGUAGCGGAACAGCUGCUCGAGAAAGCUGGAAAGAGUUCUGGUGUAUCAGCGGCCAUCUGCCGUGUUGGACAACUCGCAGGCCCUGUCGUCAAAGAUGGGAUUUGGAACAAACAGGAAUGGCUGCCGAGCCUUAUAGCCAGUUCCAAGUACCUAGGCAAAAUCCCAACAACCAUUCCCGGCCAGGACACGGUAGCCUGGAUCCCAGUUGACACCACCGCAAACGUCAUAGUCGAUCUUGUCCUCUCCGACAUCAAAGAUGAACCCUCAAGUGCAGUCUGGACCAGAUACCACAACGUCGUGAAUCCACAGCCCGGCUCAUGGGAAGCGCUCGUCCCUGUCAUCACGAAACAUUUUGACGAGAAGAUUGAGCCUGUGAGUUUCGAGUCUUGGCUCGAGGCACUGAAGGCCACGGCGUCAAUGACCGAUGACGUCGCGAAGAAUCCGGGUAUCAAGUUACUAGAGUUCUUCGCGCAGAUGGAGGCGGGCGGGUCGGAGACUGAGUUGGAGACCAAGCAGACGGUAAAGAGAAGUCCCACAAUGGGCGAAUUGAGCGCUGUGGGGCCGGAGUGGAUGGAGAUUUGGUUGGGUCAGUGGGCUUUUUGA